GGGCGGGGCCACGCCGUGUCACCGCAGCCAGGAGGGAUGUGAAACUUGUCCCGGAUAUUUACCUGACUAUACCUGGUUCUUCCGACGCGCCCCGUGCCGAGCUGCUCUCCGAGAGCCAUGACCCGCUCCUGAAGGGGAACCACCGAGAUCCUUUCUCAGUGGCAAGCUGAGGACAGGGUGUUUGUCUUGAGAAGGAGGCAGUUACCGUGGUAACCGACAUGCCAAAACCGGACCUCCUCUGCCUCGUUCAGCUGUUGGACGGCACAAUCAAGACCUUCACAGUGAGCAAGCAGGAUGAAGGCAUGGUUCUGUUGGACCUGGUAUUUGACCACCUGUGCCUGCAGGAGAGGCAGCUCUUUAGUCUGCAGAUCAGAGAAUCCGGCACAGCCAUCCCCUCCAGCUCGGCCAACACGUACUCUCCUAGAUGGUUGGAGCCUGAGAAGCCCUUGAAGAAGCAGAUAAAAGGUCUCGUGUCCCCCUUCUAUCUGAACUUCAGAGUUCGAUUCUUCAUAUCUGAUCCCAACUCUCUGCAGCACGAGCAGACAAGGCACCUGUACUUCCUCCAGAUCCGGAGUGACAUUAGAGAAGGACGGUUGCAGUGCCCGCUGAGCGCAGCUGUAGUGCUGGCCUCUUACGCUGUGCAGUCGGAGAUGGGGGAUCACUGUCCGUCCCGACUCCCUGGUUACCUCUCAAAAUCCUACUUCAUCCCCAAACAGGAUGAAGACUUCUUAUCUAAAGUGGAAGACCUCCAUCCACAGCACAAGGGACUUAAGCAGAGCGAGGCGGAGCUGUGUUUUCUCAACACAGCACGGACUCUGGAGUUAUAUGGAGUGGAGCUUCAUGCUGCUAUGGAUGUUAAUAAUUCACCUCUGAUGGUCGGUUUGGCCUCAAGUGGUGUUGCAAUCUUCUGUAAUACGGUUUGUUCCAGUUUCUUCCCCUGGGGGAACAUCAUCAAGAUUUCAUUUAAGAGGAAACGCUUUCUUAUACACCUAAAGCGCAAACAUGGCGAGACACAGGACUGUGAGGUGGCGCUGGUCCUCCCAUGUCCUAGGACCUGUAAGAACCUGUGGCGGUCCUCCGUGGACCACCACUCCUUCUUCUCCUCCAGUCGGAUUGCCAGGAGCCCCAAACACAACAACAGCACUGUUCAAAUUUACAAAAAGCUGAUAACGCAACACCUGGGUCUUGGAAACAGUAAAACUGAAACUGGUCCGGUGUGCCAGCGCGUGGUAGGAGGGAUGGUGUGGAACCCGGUUUUACGUAGGUCGCUUUCUUCAGAGCAUCUGGAGACCAAGAGUCUUCCUUCCAGAUCUCCCCCAUCUACCCCCAACUGGCGAAGUCCUAGAGUUCGCCACGGGCUCAGUAAACCUCGCCCAUCAUCGAUGGAGCUCACCACGGACCUGAAAGACCUGUCGGAGGGAGAGGAUGUCUUCUACACGUACAGGGCGUCUGUGAGCAGCAACAAGGACAGCGAAGGAGACGCCUCGCCUCAUAACCGUUCUGUCUCUAACAGCGAAGGAGCCGGUGAGUCUUUGUUACAAACCGAUGACAGCAUAGGAGAAGACGACGGCACACACCACAGCGAUAAGAGCGCUCUGGGCGACGGUGAUUUGAUGCUCAUAUGCAUCACUCCAGACCACGAGGGCAAGUUUGGCUUUAAUGUAAAAGGUGGAGUGGAUCAGAAGAUGCCUCUGUCUGUCUCCCAUGUUAAACCGGACUCCCCGGCUGGCCGGUCUGAGCCCAGACUCCAGGAGGGAGACCUGGUGGUUCUUAUCAACGGUCGAGACAUAUCCGAGCACACGCACGACCAGGUCGUCAUGUUCAUACGGGCCAGCAGAGAAUCGCACUCCAGACAGCUGGCCCUGCUCAUCAGACGCAAAGGUUCAAGCCGGGUGGCGUCCUCGCUGCAGCUGCCUACUGCCCUCACGCUCACCAUCCAGUCACAGGAAAACAAGCCGGCGUCUCCUGGUCAGUCGGAACGGGUCGCCACGCAGGAGGAGUCGAUGAAACAGCUGGAGAGAGGGAUCCAGUCUGGCACUCUGUGCUUCCACUUUGAGAAUUUAUACAGGAGGAAGCCUGGUUUGUCACUAAGCUGUGCACGGCUGCCUGAGAACGUGGAGAAGAAUCGAUACAGGGAUGUUUUACCUUACGAUGCCACCAGGGUGGUGCUGCGGGGUCAGGAGGACUACAUCAACGCCAGCCACAUCAAGGUGGCGCCGCCGGCGUCCGGUGUGUGUUUACGUUACAUUGCAUCUCAGGGUCCACUGCCGCAGACCUUCGCUCACUUUUGGCAGACAGUGUGGGAACAGCAGAUACACACCAUCAUCAUGCUCACGACGCUAACAGAGAGGGGACGGACCAAGUGCCACCAGUACUGGCCGCAUCCGCCGGAAGAGAAGGAUUACGGCCACCUGAGGGUUACGUGUCACUCGGAGGAGUGCAACCUGGCAUACGUGACGCGACAGUUCACCCUGCAGAACACACAGCUGGACGAGGAACGGGCUGUCACACACCUGCAGUAUGUGGCGUGGCCGGACCACGGUGUACCCGAUGACCCGUCCGAUUUCCUGCUGUUCAUCAGCUCCGUGAGGGAGAGGAGGAAAGGUGAAGAGCCGCUAAUGGUACACUGCAGUGCUGGGAUUGGACGGACAGGUGUUCUGAUCACCAUGGAGACGGCGCUCUGCCUGUUGGAAGAGGGUGGGCCGGUGUUUCCACUGGAAAUUGUGAAAAUACAGAGAGAGCAGCGAGCCAUGAUGGUUCAGACCACGUGUCAGUUCCAGUUUGUGUGUGAGGCCAUUCUCCAAGUCUACAGAGAGAAGCAGGAGAAAUCUUCAACACCACAGACUGAGUCCACACCGGAGCAAGAACAGACCCACUUAUCUGCCUCUGAUACUAAAUAGGGGACAUCCACAGAUGGAUUAAACUCCGUAGGGCGUAUGGUACUAGAACACGGGCUGGAUAAUGAGAGGAUAACAAACUGCAGAGCGCACCUAUCAGUGCUGCGCCCUGCGAGAGUACGAGCAUCCCACCUAGCUGGCCUUCGUUUUAACUAAAGAUGCAUUAGGCUUAUAGAGAAUGUGGUCUCCAUAGAGACUGAUAGAAGACUGAUGUGAGCUGCUAAUUUCUAUACAAGAGGUUUUGCAGGAGUGAUGCCUCUUGUUGAGCUGUGUGUGCCUUAGACUGAAGCUUCCCGGUCAUCGGAUCCAUCGGAGGCUGAUUGUUAUGGCGCGGUAUGGGGGCCAAAAUUAAGACUACUGCCCAGCAGCAGGAGGAUAUAUAAAUUCCGAAGCAAACUACUGAUCUGAUUAAUGAUAAGCUGGCGCCGGUAACUGAGAGGCUGGCGCUGCUUACUGAGGAAUAGCACCUUUACCGGUGUUAUUACUAGUUACGCUAGGGACUAGCAGCCCUCGGCUGGUCAUUGACUGGUUCAAACACUCCCUCUGCUGUCUAUUAGCAUGGAUAGGCUAGCGUUAGCCUGGACGGGCUGGUGCUAGCAUUGGAGAGGCUAGCCAUUAGCAUGUCUCGGAGAGUCACUUACUCUACUAGAUGCAUUUUUUUUUACAUUUAUUAAACGGAUGACAUACUACGAGACCUGCAAUCACAGUUGUUCCUUUGACAGAACGCAUUGUUAUACACUUUAAGCAUAUUGUAAAGCCGACAGCCUGUUAGCAUUGAUUAGGUGCUGCGUAAACUCCAUUUUGCUCUUAAUUACAGGUUGAUGGUGUUUUCUUUUUAUAUAGUUUGGUUUUCUUGCACAUAUCAGAGAAAAAGCCAGAGCUAACUAGUUAGUACUUUUCAUCUUUGGAUUUUAAAUCCUUUGUAUUGAAUUACAGGUUAAUGAUUAUUUAAAUUGUGAUGUUAUCUUUAUUAAAACUAUAUAAUAUGUACAAAAAAAACCACACAUCUAAUAGAGUAAGUGACUCUCCGAGACAUGCUAAUGGCUAGCCUCUCCGAAGCUAACGCCAGCCUAUCCAUGCUAAAGGUCCAUCGAGGGGGUAGGAAAUCCAGCUAGUGGCCAGCCUAGGCAUGCUAAUGGCUAGCCUCUCCGAAGCUAACGCCAGCCUAUCCAUGCUAAUGGUCCGUCAAGGGGGUAGGAAAUCCAGCUAGUGGCCAGCUAAGGCUAGCCUCUCCAAUGCUAACACCAGCCCGUCCAGGCUAACGCUAGCCUAUCCAUGCUAAUAGACAGCAGAGGGAGUGUGUGAACCAGUCAAUGACCAGCCGAGGGCUGCUAGUCCCUAGCGUAUCUAGUAGUAACGCCGGUAAAGGUGCUAUUUCUCAGUAAGCAGCGCCAGCCUCUCAGUUACCGGCGCCAGCUUAUCAUUAAUCAGGUCGGUAGUUUGCUUCAGAACUUAUAUAGCCUCCUGCUGCUGGGCAGUAGUCUUAAUUUUGGUCCCCAUACCGCGCCAUAUAUUGUUGUAAUCUGCGGUUUAUCUCUGACUCCGAGGAGGAGGAGGAGCAAAGCUGACUUAGAUCUCUGCCACAGGUUCUGUAGGUCAAAGGGGUACAGAGCUGUCCACCAGAGGAGCACCAAAUUUUCUGCUCAUCACUUUUAAAUUAUUCAAACACUCAAUAAACUCACUGAUUUAUA